GUUUUCCAGAAAAUGGCUGCGCGCUUUCAGAACACUGCCGGAGAGACGCGAAGCUCUUCUCGUGUAUCUUUCACAGCUUUUUUAGUUCAACGAAUAUGCCGGAGACACGCCACACGAAUCUCUGGAGUAGGAGCUCAUCGUUGCCCAUGCUUUGCGAUUGUCUCCGAAAAAAUCAAGUCUCGUUUGUCCUAGACAGAAAGGCCAGAAACGUAGCACCGUAUCCAUGUGUGAAGAGAUCCGCGGCUGCAUGUGUCAACACAUCUAAUUCUGUGCAUACGCUGAGGCUGCAUGUUCCUCCAAGGGAGCCGUGGCUCGAGCUUGCUGUAAUCGGUAAACUCAGCUCGUUUUCUAAUUUCCACCGCUCUUCUGGGGUAUUUGCCUCCCUCCUUUCUCUCUUGUUUUCAUACAUCCUCGCAGUCUUCUUUAACGUCGACGCAGAGAGGAACUGUGUAAAGUUCUGUUUGCUCAUCUGGCUCGUCCCUGUCACCUGUUCUUUGCCUUGUCCGCGUUGUCGCAGUUGUUUUCUGAAUUGGUGCGCCGUGUGGUAGUUUCUUUAUGCGACAGUGAAGAUCUGCUGGCAAAAGAGGAGAUACUUCCACCUAGAGAAUCGAAGUUUGCUUUGUCUUUUCUUCUAGCUCAGGCGUAACUGUAUAGCUUUGAAAAGCCAUAUCGGCUGGAGGAGUCGGGCUAGGACCCUUUUUAUCCACCAUGAAUUAACUGAAUGCUUACGUUCAUUUUUGUGAACUAAAGACGCAAAAAUAUGUACGUGCACACCUGUGUGGGAUUCCGAAUGCAUAUGUACAGAGGUUUGUUCUCUCCUACGUAUUCGUAACUCUAUCUUUCGACGAGGUCCUCGUAAGCACAAAGUUCACUUGCGGUGAUACAUACGCAGGGCUGAUGCCCAGACACUCCUAUGUCACGUUUUUUUUCUUUCUCCCCCGGUCAUUUACCAUCCUUCCUAGUCUCGCUGGCCUAUGUUCCCCUGCCCGGCUUUUCGUCACUUCUAAGAGUUCUGUUUUAUUUUCUCUCCCUUCGAUUCGUGAGCCAUUUUUGGGGGGUGAACCUGUGUUUCUUUUCUACAGUUUGCGUCCUCUGUAGAAGACACAGCGAAACCGUGUUAAGUUCUUGGCUUCUUGAGUUACCCUUGUCUCCUGGGAUCUGGUUCUCGGGUUUUCUUCUUCCUCCUUGUCGUCUUUGUCUUUUCUUUCAACCCCUUGCAAGCUGUCUAUCCUUCUCUCAACUGCUCUGUCAAGUGAACUUUUCCCUCACGUCUUCCCCAUCUUCUCUCCUACGGUCGUGCACAGCCCCUCGUGUGCAGUAUCUGUACUUACAGGGUGCCUAGAAGUCUACAGCGAUUUCAGCGCAAGUAAAAGGUCGUCACCACUGGUUGUGUUUUUUUUCCGACAGUGCGCUCGUCUGUCGACGUUUCCUACCCCGUCGUUUCUUUCUCUCCCAGUCAUCUGCCGUCCUCCUUAGUCUCGCUGACCUAAGUUUCCCUUCCCGCUUCUUUGCCGUCUUUCUGCCGGGGUCCAAACCCUGAAGAUCUCCUGGCACUUCAACUCAGAAUGGCGAAUGUUGAGGACUCCGCGUCUGGCAGCCUCAGUCUGCGUGGCGGGCUUCUCUUUUGCCUGCUGGCGUACAUGUCUUUCUGUGCUUUCCUCGCUCUUCGUUCCUUGAAGCGAGUGAAGCCGUACACCAACUGGGAUGUCCUCACGGCAGAAGAAAAGAUAAAGUUUGCGGGGUACGAGCGAAACGACCGCCACCGUCUGAGCUACGUCCGCACCGGUCUGGGCGGCUUCUUCCUCCUUCCGUGGAGGAUGAUUGUCGCCUUUUCUCUUGUCAUCAGCAAUGGCCUCACGAGCUGGCUUCUUUUUCGGGUUCUCGGGGCCGACGGUCAGGCUGGCCCUGCGCGAGAACGAACUGCCCGGAAACUCAUCGGGUACUUCGCUCACCUGCAUUGCCGAUUUCUUCUAUACAUCAUGGGCAUUUACAGAAUCAAGGAGGUGUACCUGGGGAACAAACAAGACCUGACGAAGAAGCCGAAAGAUCAACCGCGAGUGCUUGUCUCCAACCACGUUUCCUGUCUUGACAUUCCUUAUUUCAUCAGCUCUUGUUUCGCUUCCUUCGUCGCGAAGAAGUCUCUAUCGGUCGCACCCUUCAUCGGGAUUGCAGCAAACAGUCUCGGUUGUAUUUACGUUGAACGCGAGAGCGCGGAAGACAGGCGAUUGGCACUGGAGAAAAUCCGAAAGAGACAGUUGGACUGCGCCAAGGAUCCCGAGCAAAAUCCUCUCGUCAUCUUUCCUGAAGGAACAACCACCAAUGGGCGUGGCUUGCUGCAGUUUCGCCGCGGGGGAUUCUCGUCAUUCUGUCGGGUGCAGCCUGUCCUACUCGUGUACCAGAGCAGUUACGUCGACCUCGGUUUCGACAUGCUGCCCUCCUUCGACUGGAUGGUGCAAACGCUUUCAUCUUCGGGGCUAACAACCCUUCACGCGUACUGGCUGGAACCGAUUGAUCCACCACCUGCAGAGAAGUUUCAGACAGACGAGGAGCGCGCAAACGCCUUCGCUGAAAUUGUGCGGAAUCGCAUGUGGGAAGAGUUAAAGAAGCGGAACCCGCUGACUCCGCAGAUUGCUGGUCCUUGCCCGACCUGCUGGCUUGGAUCGGUCAGUGUGCGCCGGGAAAUCGUGCAAACGUUGAUGCAGAGACAAGGCUUGAGCUGGAAGCAAGAAUAAACCGCAUGAGGUGCUUUGCGGGUUGCACGGGAAGCCCGAAUCGUCUGCUGGUGGAUCGCCAGUAGUUACUUCCGAGGAAGAUGCAGACCUUCAUGAUUGUCUACGUGCUGCGGAAAGUCCAGUGCGUAAACUCGAGACCACUGACAUCGCUAGCUCAGGGUGUCAGGAAAGUGCUUCCAGGCCACAUUGUUUCGUCGACAGUUGGUCACGCAAAAGCCACUUCUCGUUCCUCGAUCCCGCCUUCUGACGGGACAUAAAGAAUGAAGAAGAGAAAGAGGAAGUAGCUGCGGUGUUAGUCGCAAAGAGCUACCUUCGCGCUGGCAUUUCGCGAACUGCCACCUACUUGCAUACACAAGCUAACGUCUUCGUUUAGUAAAAGCCGGUCUGGCUGCAGAGUGCUGGAUCGGCAGCUGAUUUUUCCGGCUUAGUGACUCGAAUGUCUGUAGGCUAGAGCUGCACAUAGGACUGAUAACGUUCACGCAGAAGGUUUUCGCACGAAUUGCCUGAGGAAUGUGAGCUGUGUCUCGUUCCUCUUUGGUAAGACAGAUUUCACCUUGUGCCCGCGGAGACGAUUUCCACUAUCUGCGCAGCUGCCGCUUACAGAGGGGAAGCUGAAGUGGCUUUUCAGAAGCCAUCAAGUAGCGAGUGCCAAGAAAGUAUAGUCCGGCGUCAUGCGAUACCUUGAUUGCAUGUGUUAAAAUGAGGUUGUCUGCUACGGCGUAAUUGAAAGAUUUUGUCAGCCAAGGCGUGUAUGUCCUUCCGGCGGCUCUGACGCCCAAUAUAACGCUGAUGGUGAAAAAAAUUUAGUCCCCCAUCGCUGGAAUCAGAUUUCCGACGCUGAUGCGAAGGACAGCAUCCACAGGUUACUUAUCGCACGC